GGGCUGGCGGGGGCGGCUGGCGGGCCGCGGGCAAAAGGGCGGCGGGGCCGGGCCGGGGCCGGGACCGGCCACGAUGCCCCGGCGGAAGCAGAGCCACCCGCAGCCGGUGAAGGGUGAGUGCGCGGCGAGGCAGGGGGGCGGCGGCCCGGCGGUGACCCGCGGCGCUCCGUGUGUUGCAGCGGACGCCGAAGACGGCCCCGAGGAGACGGCGGGAGCGGCGCUGGUGCUGCCCGGUGAUUUGCUACUGGGCCGAGGCCUGGCCUUCGAGAAGGGAUCGUCAGCAGACACGCUGGUGGGGAAGAUCGCCAUCCCGGCGUACGCGCUAAGUGACGACGACUGCUCCUCUGGCUACCAGCAGCUGAGUGUGGAGAGUGACCCUGAGGAGGGUGGCGAGCCGGGCCCGGCCGCACUGCCCUGCCGCCAGUGCGGGCUGCAGCUGGCUGCCAGCCUCGGGCAGAGCUGCCUGCAGUGUGCAGGCACCGAGGCGGGCCGCAGCCAGCGCAUCGUCUAUUCCUGCCAGCUCUGCCCCUUCGUCUCCCAGUAUUCCAGCCACCUCAAGCGCCACAUGAAGACCCACAACGGGGAGAAGCCGUUUGCCUGUCCUCAGUGUGCCUACGCCUCUGCCCAGCUGGUGAACCUGACCCGGCACCUGCGCACGCACACCGGGGAGAAGCCGUACCGCUGCACCUGCUGCAGCUUUGCCUGCAGCAGCCUGGGCAACCUCAAACGCCACGAGCGGGUCCACAGCCAGGACAAGCCCUUCCAGUGCGCUGCCUGCGACUACCGCUGCAACCAGAGCCGCAACCUGAAGCGGCACAUGCUCAGCCACCGCAUGCCGGAGGGUGAGGGACCGCACCGGCAGGACAAGGAUACAGAGCCGCUGCUGCCGGAGCUGAGCCUGCACGUGGGCAGUGGCAGCGGCCCCUUCCUGCCCGGCUGUGCCCGGCUGCGGGGUGAGGAGGCGGCCGCGCUGCCUGAGCUGCUCUUCCCCUUCACGUGCCGCAUGUGUGGGCUGGUGCUGGACGACGGCUUUGCGCAGGAUGAGGGCCUGGCCGAGCAGGUCUGCGGGCGCUGCAGCCUGGCGGUGCUGGGCACUGAGCCAGGUGCCAGCCCCCGCAAGGGCACUGGGGACAAAGGCUUUGCCUGCAGCCUCUGCCCCUUCGUCACCCACUACCCCAACCACUUGGCGCGGCACAUGAAGACGCACAGUGGGGAGAAGCCCUUUGCCUGCCCACUCUGUCCCUAUGCCUCUGCCCACCUCGACAACCUGAAGCGGCACCAGCGGGUGCACACAGGCGAGAAGCCCUACAAGUGCCAGCUCUGCGACUACGCCUGCGGCAACUUGGCCAACCUCAAGCGUCACGGGCGCAUCCACUCGGGUGACAAGCCUUUCCAGUGCAGCCUCUGCAGCUACAGCUGCAACCAGAGCAUGAACCUGAAGCGGCACAUGCUGCGGCACACGGGCGAGAAGCCCUUCCAGUGCCGGGACUGCACCUACACCACUGGCCACUGGGACAACUACAAGCGCCACCAGAAGAUCCACGGCCACACAGCUGAGAGCUGGGUCAACCCGCGCAAUGCCAAAGCCCUCCUGGCCCCUCCAGCUGUGGGCACGGCCUUGCCCUGAGACAGCACUUAGCCCAGCUGCAGAGAGGCACUGGGCCCUGGCUGCCUGGGCCCUGGGAACUGUUCCCCCAGCCGCAGCCCCUGCCCUCCCUGGGGGAGGGACAGGCAGCAGACUCCAUGGGGGCUUGGGGCUGCCUUAUGCCAAGUUCUCCCAGGCAGGGUGAAGUCACGACCAGCAGCUCCAGUGCUCUUCCCAGUGACUGGUGCUGUGUCCCCAGGUACCCCCAGGAGCGGUUCCUGCCCACUGGAGCCUUUCUCUGCCAGAGUUUGGGGAAAAGGGGGGGAGGGGGGAACAGGACUGGUUCUGUGGCUGUCGCCAUGCCAGUCAGUGUAAUUUAUAUUGUGUAUAAAAGCAUUAAACAGUUGGUUUUGUUA